AUGAAUCAAAAUCAAAGUAAAAAAACACAUAAAGAAUAUCUAGGUCUUUCAAACUAAGGUGCAACAUGUUAUAUGAAUAGUUUGUUAUAGUCAUUAUUUAUGACUUAUGAUUUUCGUUAGAAAUUAUUUGAAUGGAAGUACGAUCCAAAUAAGCAUAAUAAUAAAGAAGAUUGUAUACCUUUUUAAUUAUAAGUCCUUUUCGGUAAACUUUAAUAUUUCCAAUAAAAUCGCAAAUAUUUAGAUACGAAGCCUUUAAUAAAUUCCUUUGGUUGGCAAGGAAAUGAAAUGUUUUAAUAACAUGAUGUAUAGGAAUUUAGUAAGGUAUUAUUUGACGCAAUUGAAUAGUCAUCUAGUAAUAAAGAGAGUUAGUUUAUAAGAGAUUUAUAUGAAGGAAUUACAGAGAAUUUUAUUUAAUGUAAAAUAUGUAAUUAUGAGUCUAUUAAAAUGGAUAAAUAUUAAGAUUUACAAUUAAUUAUAAAUAAUUAAUUUGAAUAAGUAAUUAAUGAUUCAGUGGAAAAAUGUUUAAAAUAUUAUGUUAAGAAUGUUUAUUUGGAAAAAGAUAAUUAGUAUUUUUGUGAAAAAUGUUAGUAAAAAGUUGAUGCAAUUAAAGGUGUUAGGUUUAAAUAGCUUCCCUAAGUAUUAAUAUUAUAAUUAAAUAGAUUUGAUAUAGAUUUUACAACUUUUUAAAGAAAAAAAAUAUGUAAUAGAGUAUAUUUUCCUUUUGUUUUAGAUAUGAAUGAAUUCCUAAAAAAAUACGAAGAUAUUAAUAUUGAAGAAAAUCCACCAUUUGUAAAUGAAGAAGAAAAUAUUUCUAAAAUAAAAAUUAAUAAUAAUAACAAUAAUAAAGGAAUUCUUAAAAAUAAAAAUGCUAUGUAUCAAUAAGAUCCUUAUAAUAAUAAUACACAUAUUGAUUAAUAUUCUGAUGAUACAUUAGUUGAAAUAUAACCUUUGUUUGAAAAUACUAUUUAAAAAUAAGUUACACAUCAACAAAAUUUUUUUCCUAAAAAAUAAAUUAAACUUAAAGAAUACACACAUCCUGCAUUAAUUUCAAGAGCAGAUGAAGCAUAUGAAUUAGAAAAUUUUGAUAAUUCAGUAAAAAUAUAAUAAAUAUGCAAAUAUAUAAAUAUAUUUAUAUAUAUAUAUAUUACAAAAUCAUAAAAACAUACUGAAACAAUACCAGAAGAGUAAGAAGAAGAAAAAUAUAACGAAUGCUUUUAAUAAAUAUACAAGGAAAACUCGGAAUAAAUUGAUAAGAAUAAGUAAGAAAUAUAAAAAUAUAUAAAAAAUGGUCCAUAUGUAUAUGAAUUAUAUGCGGUAAAUGUGCAUUCUGGUGGUGCUUUUGGUGGACAUUAUUUUUCAUAUAUAAAAUCUUUUGAGAAUGAUUUUUGGUAUAAUUUUAAUGAUAGCUUUGUAAAUAUUAUAUCUCCAUAGUAAAUAAAGAAUGUUUUUGGGUAAUUAAAUUGCAGUGAUCUAAAUCAAAAUUCUAGUGCGUAUAUGUUAAUGUAUAAAAUUGUGGAAAAAUAAACAAAUAUUGAAUUGCCAAAAAUACCAGUUGAAGUUGAAGAAAUAAUACAAGAAUAAGAAAAAUAGGAAAAAUAAGAAAUUAUUAAAUGCAAAAAAUAAUUCGAAGAAAAAUCUAAAAAUAUGCACUUAAUUGUUUAUUGUGAAAAUAAUGUCUUUACAUUUUCUUUUGAUAAGUUUUUGUGUAAUCUAUAAGAUGUUAAAGUAUAAAUUUAUGAACGUUUCUAAAUUUAAAGUGCUUUUGAAGAUUUUAGGCUAAGAAUUUAUUCGACAUUUGAUAAAAGACUAAAAGAAACUUUUAGCGAAGAAUAAAAUAAUAUGUUUUUAUAUUAAAUAUAAAGUUUAGUUGAUUAUUAGGACCUGAUAGUCGAGUUUAGGGACAAAGGAUAAGAAUUCGAAGAUUAUGAUAGUACAAAAAUAUAUAUUUUUUUAUAUGUUUGGAAAAGUGGAAUAAAGAAUUUAUAAGAUAUGAAAUCUGUUAAACUUUAUGUUAAGUUUGAUUUGUAAAUUAAUAUUCUGAUAAAUCAAGCAAAAAAUAAAUUAAAUAUAAAUAAUGAAAUAAUGUUAAUUUUUUAUUUUUAUUUAAGAUUAUCAAUUUCAUAUUAUAAAAUAUAAUAUAGAUUAAUUAAAAGAAACUUAGGACAUUUUGUUAAUGAUUAGUGUAUUAUUUUAAACGAAUUUCCUGAUAAAAAAUUAAAUGAGUUAAGAAUAUAAAAUAAUUAAUCUUUAUAUUUAGAAUAUAAAUCUGAUAAUUAUAACUUUUAUAAAUGGUAAGAAGAGUUUAUUAAAGAUUCAUGCAGAUGUAUAAUAAAAUUUAAUGAUCCAUCUAAAAAUAAAUCUCGAGAAGCUCCUGAAUAUGAAUAUGAAAUAUAAAUUGAUAACCGUAGUACUAUUAAAGAAGCUAAAGUUUUAAUAAGUUAAUAAGUAAAAAAAAAAUUAAUACAUUUUUUUUAAAAAAAAAAAUAGUUAAGAAUACAUAUAGAUUCUUUUGUUAUAAAAAAAUCGAAUGUUUUUGGGUCUGAAUUUAAAGAUUUAUCAUAAAUAAUAAAUACUUAAGGAAUUUAAAAUAGAGGAACUUUUUAUUUAUAAUAUGGAUAACCAUCUUCAGAAAAUACAUUUUCAAUUAGAUAUUUUAUAGGGGCUCUUUCUGAGGAAGAUUAGCCUGGUUUAUAAUUUGAUUGUGAGUUAAUGUUUGUAAUGUAAACCGAUUCUUAAUUGAGUGUAAUUGAUUUGAAGAAUAUUUUGAUAAAAGAAAUGAAAGAAUAGAAAAAUAUAUAAAUAGAAAAUUAUAAAUAUAUAAGAUUAAGGGAAAAAAAUAGUAAUGUUUUAGGAAACAUAUUAAAAAACUUUUCUAUGUUAAGUGAAUAUAAAUUCUAUGAUAAAAAAUCAUUAUGUAUAUGUAUUUUGGAUAAAGAAGAAGAAAUAGAAAAAAAUGAAAUGCUUAUUUAUGUUAAAGAAUGGAAUACUUAAAUUUAUGGGUUGGGUAAAGUUUAGGAGUUUUUUGUGAAAAACAAUAGCCUUUGUUAUGAAAUUAUUAGUUAAAUAGGAAGUGUGUUUAAUCAUAUUAGUUUAGAAAAUAUUUAAAUUACUAAAAUUAAUUCUAUUUCGAAAUUUAAUAUUGAUUAACUUAUUUUAGAAAAAGAAUGGAAAGAUAUUAAUGAUUAGUUUAAUAUUAAUUAGGGACCAUGGUAUACUUAAUUUGAUGGAAGUCUUUUUGUGUAAUGUAUUUUUUUUUUUCUUUUAUUGCUUUUUUAUUAAUUAUUGUUUUUUUAUGCUUUUUUAUUAACUUUUUUUUUGUAGGAUUAGGAAUAAAUUAUUGGCUUAAAACAAUAAUAAUAUUUAUUAUGA